UUGCUAACUAACUGCUACAGUACUGUAAUUAGGACCUUUUUACGACGGUACAGUCGAGAUUCAGACGGUUACACCACGGCCGACAUCGACUAUUUCUGGGGACAAAAGAAGUCAGAUCCUAGGCGAAAAGCAGUGAGGUUCGACAAUUUCAUGUUGCCACAAUUCAAACAGACGGGCUAUAAUGUGAACAUUACCAAAGCCGUCACAUCUUCAGGAGAAUAUGUUCGCCUCUACUUCGAAGUUCUUCUAAUCCGAAACAUGGGUUUCUAUGCCAUGAACAUCGUCAUUCCAUCUAUGCUAAUCGUGACCAUAUCAUGGGUAAGUCUCUGUGCAAUGCAUUACCUCUAA